UAGACAAGAAGAAGAAGAACGCCCAUUUUGCUCAGACUGUACAGGCAAGUGGGCUGAAAUAUCAACAGACAGACAGAAGAGGACAAAGAGCUGCAAUGGACGGAGAUGUUGCAGUUGGUGUGAAGAGAGGCUCAGAUGAGCUCAACAUGUAUGGUAGCAGCCCCAACUCUAUGACCGCUAAUGGCAGUGACAGUAAGAAGCAGCGUCUGGAUGAAUCACCUCCCUCCAGAGUUCUCCACAUCAGGAAACUUCCCAAUGAAGUGUCAGAGACUGAAGUCAUUGCUCUGGGGCUGCCCUUUGGAAAGGUCACCAACAUACUGAUGCUGAAGGGGAAAAAUCAGGCAUUUCUGGAGUUGGGUACAGAGGAAGCAGCCAUUACUAUGGUGAACUACUACACAGCUGUCACACCACAGGUUAGAAACACACCUGUCUUCAUCCAGUACUCCAACCACAAGGAACUCAAAACAGACUCCGCUCUGAACCAGAGGGCCCAGGCAGUGCUACAGGCAGUGUCAGCAGUUCAGGAUGGAAGCUCUCCAUCUUCUGACCCAGGAGUUCUGGACCUCGCUCCUCCCCCCAGCCCUGUCCUGCGAAUUAUUAUUGACAACAUGUUCUAUCCUGUGACACUGGACGUUCUUCAACAGAUCUUUAGUAAAUUUGGGACUGUGAUGAAGAUUAUCACCUUCACCAAGAACAACCAGUUUCAGGCUCUGCUGCAGUUCAGUGAUCCUGUCAAUGCACAACAAGCUAAGCUGUCUUUGGAUGGACAGAACAUCUAUAAUUCAUGCUGUACUCUGCGGAUAGACUUCAGUAAACUGGUCAACCUCAAUGUCAAAUACAACAAUGAUAAGAGUCGAGACUACACCAGACCUGACCUUCCUACUGGAGAUGGAGAGGCAACCAACAAGGAUCAUUCUUUAUUGGGUACCCCAUCUGGAGCGCUAGCUUCCUACUCUAGUGGAGGAAGUUACUCAUCUUCUCUCUCCCUCUCGCAGGGUGGAGGAGCCAUUAGUCCUCUGAGUGCUGCAGCAGCGGCAGCAGCAGCAGCAGGUCGAGUUGCUCUGUCUGGGUCUGGAGUGUCAGGAGUCCUGUUGGCGUCCAACCUAAAUGAAGAGAUGGUCACGCCUCAAAGUCUCUUUACCCUCUUCGGAGUCUAUGGUGAUGUCCAGAGGGUGAAGAUCCUCUACAACAAAAAGGACAGCGCUCUGAUCCAGCUGUCUGAUGGCAACCAGGCUCAGCUGGCUAUGAGUCACCUGAAUGGUCAAAAGGUGUUUGGUAAAGUGAUGAGAGUGACGCUGUCCAAACAUCAAACUGUGGCUCUGCCCAGAGAAGGACUGGAUGACCAGCUGCUAACUAAAGAUUUCUCUGGCUCUCCACUCCAUCGCUUUAAGAAACCAGGAUCCAAGAACUUCCAGAAUAUCUUUCCUCCCUCUGCAACACUUCAUCUCUCCAAUAUCAGGGAUGGUGUUGGAGAGGAUGAUCUGCGUCUUCUGUUCUCUAACAGUGGAGGAACAGUCAAGGCCUUCAAGUUCUUCCAGGACCGUAAGAUGGCCUUGAUCCAGAUGUCCUCAGUAGAGGAGGCAAUCCAGGCUCUGAUGGAUCUUCACAACUAUGACAUGGGAGGGAAUCACCAUCUAAAAGUUUCCUUUUCAAAGUCCACCAUCUAACCCUCACAGCGACUCCUAAACCUUAAGAUCCAGACGAGUGAGGAAGUCUCUUUAGUUUCCUCCUCUCACCAUGUUCUGUUCAACUCCUCUGCACAAACCCUCAAACCUUAAACGAUGUAGUACAUCACACAUAAUGUGAUUCAUUGUCCAACAUGUAAAAUGAAAAACAAUUACACGUCAGGAAGUUUCUGUUUAAAUAUACAGAAUUCCAUAAAGUCUUGACCAAUAGAAACAGUACUUACCCCCCCCUCAGUCAGGUUGUAAAGUUCACAGAUUCCUGCUUUUACCCUUAAAACAUCUGGAGAGCAACUAAGCACCAGCUGAUGUCAUCUGUCCUGAC